UUGAGAGUAGAAAACAAAAAAAAAAAAACAGAAAAACAAAAACCCUACCUGCGCGCUCGCAUAAAGAUCCAAUAAGUUCCAGCCUCUCUUUUCAGACGACAAAAACUUCUUUCUAUCUCUCUUUUUGACACUACUACAAAAUCCAUCCAUAUCUCAUAAAGAAGAACAAAUCUCUAAUUAAAAAUAAAGAACACGAGGAUCAAGAUGGUGAGUUUGAUAUGACAAGCAGCGAUGGAAGCGAUACAGAGAUCAUAUACAGCAGAAGAAGAUUACGAUGGCGUCGAAUACUGGACCAACCCAGAGAAGUGCGGUUGGUUAACGAAACAAGGCGAAUACAUAAAAACAUGGAGGCGUCGCUGGUUUGUGUUGAAACAGGGGAAAUUUAAAUAUUCAAAUGUAAACUCGCCGGAUAUUAAACCUCGCGGUGUUAUAUCUGUUGGUGCUAAUUGUCUUGCUGUUAAAUGUGCUCAGGGUAUUAUCUUCAAUCAGGAUUUUCCUUUCCAGAUUAUUACGAAUAGUUAUGAUUAUGAUACUCUGUAUUUUCUUGCUGAUUCUUUGAAAGAGAAGAACGAAUGGAUUAGUUCUAUUGGGAGAUCCAUCAUUCAACAUUCUCCUUCUUUGAUCGGUAAUUAUUGAUUGAACGAUGAUAAUUAGGUUUUUUUUUUUUUGUAUAGAGAUAGAAAUUUGUAGAUGUGGAUUAAUGAAAAUUUGUAAAUUAGGGGUUUUUCAUGUUUUUGUAAUUCGAAGAAUUUGAUUCUUGUUUGUGACUUGGUCACUGUUUUUUGAAUUUCAGAUGUUGAUUUUUAAGUA